CGUAACUCAUGGCUAGAUUGCUAUAAACUCGCCAAAAUGGGCCAGGGAGCUUCACAUGAGGCUCAGCACCCGACACUAGAGCAGCUCAGUCACAACCUCGCGCAAGCGUUCGCAAAGAAGAGUUACACUCCCCUCGAACUAUACUGUUUCAAAUCCGUCUUCUGGUCGCUGGCCGAUACCGAAUCCGGGGUACAAUACUGGAGCGAGGCAACGCUAUGUCGGUUCCUGGAGCUGCCAGAUGCGCUGGGUGUAGGGUCAGUCAUCUUCCAGAUGGCUAAUUACCUCGGCGCAUUCCCAUUCGCUUCACAAGCACCGGCUAUCCUUACGAACGAGGCAUUGCUGAAGGUCGUCACUAUCCUUACUGAAAGAUAUGGGGCUGUGCUAAAGAAGAGAGGGCGCGAGAUCUGGUUACGAGAGAUAUACAGGAGUCUGGCUGUACAUGACAAUGGCAUACGAUCAAAAGCUGAAGAGCAAAAGCACGAAAAGGACCAAGUGACUGAGAAGAUGGGCUUCGCAAUCGACACGCCGAGAGGUGAUGAAGGAGGUGACGAAGAUGACGAGGACGAUGAGCUCGUUUUGGCGGCACUCGACUUGAUGGACUCUUUAGAGGUCUUCAAACAUGGCGAACAGACCAAUGUACACCACUCGAUUAUCCCCACAGACAACUUCCUAAAGCUCAUCGAGCUACUACUGCUCAUAGCACCGAUCGAUGCACAGCAGAGCCUGUCAACACUGGCGCCUGAGCUCUCUGAAACGCGCAUUCAGAAUCUGCGGCGAACUGCAAAAGUAGUGCUGUCGUCUUUCAUUACCGACAAGCAUCCCGGUGUUACAUAUCGUACCUUCGACACUGUCUUAUCUACAAGUCUACCGUUCUUAUUCGACGGACUAAACCCCCUGUUCGAGCACUUCCUCUUCGCAAAAGAUUUCGACCUCUCCAAACGCAAGUCAGACUCCACAUCACCUACGCAAGAGUCACAUCCGGUGAUACCACCCCCCAAGACUGUACUUGAUCCAGAACCGAUCCUGCGCAACCCAGGCGAAAUACUCAACCUCACCACCCUCAGUCAAUUGUCGUUUUUCAUCAAAGGAAGCAACCUCUUCAGGCGCCUGCGACCUCUCUACAGCGGCAACGCACAUGGCUUCUCCAUGGGGUCGUUUGAAAAGCAAGUCUUCAAUUGGCGAGCGCCGACCAUCCUUCUCGUCUCCGGACGCCUUCUCCCUUCGGCACCUUCAAGUACCCGCGAACGCACUCUGCAAGACAUGCUUCCACCCAAACGCUACUCGAGCAGCGUCUGCGAAUCCUCGCAAAACCAAACAAUCACCUACGGCGCCUACAUCCCCACACAAUGGAAACACACAGGCAAGACAUGCUUCGGCGACUCCUCUGCAAAACUGUUCCAACUCUCGCCCACCCACGACGUCUUCUCCGCCUCGAGCUUCAGCAGCGACUACGCCUACUUCAACAAAUCGCCCACAUACCCCGCCGGCGUCGGUUUCGGCACCCCAGUCCCCACCCAAUCCCAGGCAACCAGCCACUCCUACGGCGUGUUCCGCCCAGCACCCGUCUCGCUCCAUCUCGACGAUGCGCUCGAAUUCGGCAUCUUCACGCACCUGGCUGAAGGCGGUGGGAGUUUCUACCCGAGCAAACUGCCGGGAAGGAAGGGCAAGGACUGGCAAGACAGGUUUGAGAUUGAUAGUAUGGAGGUGUGGGGAUGCGGUGGUGAUGAUGUUGCUGAGGCGCAGAGGAAGGAGUGGGCGUUUCAGGAGAGGGAGGCGGAGGCGAGACGGAGGAUUAAUUUGGGGAGUGGAGAUAAGGAGCAGGAUUAUGAGUUGUUGAAGUUGGCGGGGUUGGUGGGGAAUGAAAGUAGGAGUGGUGGGAGUAUGGGCUGAAAUCGGUCUUGAACUGAGACGCGCUGGAAGCCCCGAAUAAGUAUGGGAAGCACAAUGACGCAAUGAGAGUAUGAUGGAAAGCACCAGGGUAGUGUGAUGAAGUUGCAAUUUCUUGUACAAUGCUCAAACG